UGUUAAUUUCUUUCUCGUGGUGCAUUUCGGGAGUCGUAGUCUUUGUGAUGGUUGCUGGGAAUCGUGGUCCGAGCCAGCCUCAGGCAGUCGGCGCGGGCGAACGUAUCACGCGGCAGGCUUUAGGAUCCUGCGGGGCACGGCGGGCCGGGGGAAGGGUCUGGGGAGGUCGGCAGCUCGUCCGUCAGCCCGGAGCAGCUGCGGCGUCGGUGGCGUCGGGAGCUAGCCGGUCCGGGAGCGGCGCGGGUGGUGGAGGAGGAGCCAGGGUAAGCGGCGCUCGAGGAAUUUCUGAAGAUGGUCAAGUGCAGUGUGAUUUAUGAGGCAGUGAAGGAUUCUCUAACCAUGGCACAGGUAGAGAAACGAGGGGGUUUGCUCAGGAAAUCUUCAGCCUACAAAAAACCACUGAAGGAAAAAGUGGUGCUGAUGUAUGAUGAGAUCUUCAUGACAGAGGACCCUAGUAAGUGCAGUCCUCGAUUUUGGGAGGAGCUCUUCCUUAUGAAGGUGAAUUUAGAGUACCUAGAAGGCAAGCUGGAAUCUCUUGAUGGUGAGGAGUUAAUGAAGAUCAAGGACAAUAUUAAUUGCUUAUUUCAACACUGCAUCCAGGCUCUGGGAGAAGAGCAUCCAAUUCGAGUGGUCAAUGCAUUGCAGACCUUGUGUGCACUCAUUCGAGGAGUCCAUCAAAAAAAUAAGUCUACCUCUGGGUUUGACAUUAUCAACAUGCUGAUGGGCUUUGACAAGGCGGAGCUGUGCAUGAAGAACUUGAUGGAGAGUUUGGAUUCAUUGCUUUGUGCAGAAGGUUCUGAAAGUCUGAAGAGCUUAUGUCUGAAACUUCUCCUCUGCUUAGUGACUGUGACAGAUAACAUCAGCCAGAACACUAUCCUGGAGUAUGUAAUGAUCAACAGCAUAUUUGAAGCAAUUUUACAGAUACUCUCCCACCCGCCAAGUCGUAGGGAACAUGGGUAUGAUGCUGUAGUCCUCUUGGCUUUGCUGGUGAACUACAGAAAAUAUGAGUCUGUGAAUCCUUAUAUUGUGAAGCUGUCUAUCGUGGAUGAUGAAGCCACUCUCAAUGGAAUGGGGCUUGUGAUUGCUCAAGCUUUAUCUGAGUAUAACAGGCAGUAUAAAGACAAGGAAGAAGAACACCAGGGCGGUUUUUUCUCUGCCUUAACAAAUAUGGUGGGCAGCAUGUUCAUAGCAGAUGCCCAUGAGAAAAUCUCAGUGCAAACCAACGAGGCCAUCCUUCUGGCACUUUACGAAGCUGUUCAUUUAAAUCGCAACUUUAUCACAGUGUUAGCCCAGAGUCAUCCAGAAAUGGGCUUGGUGACAACCCCCGUCGGCCCUGCUCCAGCAACCCCAGCCACACCGCUGGGGACCACGCCGCCCUCCUCUGAUGUUAUAAGUUCUGUGGAACUCCCACUGGAUGCAGAUGUACAGACCAGUAAUCUACUGAUAACCUUCUUAAAGUAUAGCUCAAUUGUCAUGCAGGACACCAAAGAUGAGCACCGGCUUCACAGCGGCAAACUCUGUCUGAUUAUCCUCACGUGUAUUGCAGAGGAUCAGUAUGCCAAUGCAUUUUUGCAUGAUGACAACAUGAAUUUUCGAGUAAACUUACAUAGAAUGCCUAUGAGACACAGGAAGAAGGCAGCAGACAAGAACCUUCCCUGCCGUCCUUUGGUAUGUGCAGUACUGGACCUGAUGGUAGAGUUUAUUGUAACACACAUGAUGAAGGAGUUUCCUAUGGAUCUCUAUGUGCGCUGCAUUCAGGUAGUACAUAAACUACUUUGCUAUCAGAAGAAGUGUAGAGUACGCCUGCAUUAUACCUGGCGGGAGCUCUGGUCAGCCUUGAUAAAUUUGCUGAAGUUCCUUAUGUCAAAUGAGACUGUACUUUUGGCCAAACACAACAUUUUUACCUUAGCCCUUAUGAUUGUGAACCUAUUUAAUAUGUUUAUCACAUAUGGCGAUACCUUCCUGCCUACCCCCAGUAGUUAUGAUGAACUCUACUAUGAGAUUAUCCGCAUGCACCAGAGCUUUGACAACCUCUACUCCAUGGUCCUGAGGCUUUCUACCAAUGCGGGCCAGUGGAAAGAAGCAGCUAGCAAGGUGACCCACGCGUUGGUUAAUAUCAGAGCCAUCAUCAACCACUUUAACCCCAAAAUUGAAUCCUACGCUGCUGUGAAUCACAUAUCCCAACUGUCGGAGGAGCAGGUGCUAGAGGUAGUGCGAGCCAACUAUGACACGCUCACACUGAAGCUGCAAGAUGGCCUGGACCAGUAUGAGCGCUACUCCGAGCAGCACAAGGAAGCCGCCUUCUUCAAAGAGCUGGUUCGAUCCAUUAGCACCAACGUCCGGAGGAACCUGGCCUUCCACACACUCAGCCAGGAAGUCCUGCUCAAGGAAUUCUCCACUAUCUCCUGAGGCUGCCAUGCAUACCUGGGCAGCCACUGACUGCCCUUACCCAUGAGGCUUCCUGGGCUGGAGGCGGGGGCGAGGGGAGAGGGCCUGUUCCCAAAGCUGGAGAAAAACACAGAUACCGAGCUCUCUCGGUGAAGGCCGCACUUCAGUGGAGCUUGGACAGCAGGGGCCAGGAUGGGCAAGCCAAGGAUAAUCUUAUUUGGGGAGAGGAUGGGUGGGCACAGGGAGACACCUGCAGAAAUGUGGGGACUUCCAGGGUGGGCUCUCUGAACAACCCCUCAUAUUUCCAAUUGAGAUUACAAGUUGUGGCUACUGACUAAUUUUCAGGAGCUGUUGGGUAAGCCUUAGGGUGAUGCCAACACCUGGGGCAUCAGUGGUUCUCCUAGGCUUCUGAAAACAGACUAACUCUCAGAUGUAGGGGGAGCCAGUUCUGCUUCCUUUGUGCCCAGAAAUCUGUGUCCCCCGCCCCCACCGGCACUUGACCCUUAGCUCAGGCUUAGGGUGGGGUAGGAAUGGGAUACGUUUUUUCUAUUUUCUGAAUCCAGAGCUGACUCCUCUGCUGUCUGACCACCACUUUGUGGAUUUGAUUCUUGGCACCAGGAGUACCUGUUUGUGUUCCCCUGCCUUCCAGCCCAUUGACUCGUCAGCACUACAGGGUCACCACCUUAGCUUUUCAUUUUCAAUCUGGUUUAAAUUGUCUUUAGGGUGUGUGUAUGAAAUAAACAUGGACAGGUUUUCUGGAGCCCUCAGGUGCCUACUUUGCUGGUUCCCUUUCCAGCAGCUUCCCCAUCUCCUUAGCUACCCCCUCCUCUGGGAGCCUUUCUUGCAUCUGCUGAGCUCCCCUCCACGU